AUGUCGCGUUAUGCGGUUCAUUCCUUCCGACUGGUACACCAGCUAGAAUUAGCUGAAAAAUUACAAGGCAGGAAAACGUAUCUAGUGGGAACACUACGUAAAAAUCGUAGACUUAUUCAGAAAGAGAUACUGUCCACUAAACUGGAUAAAGGUGAAAUUGCAGGGAGAGAGAAAAACGGCAUCAUUAUUUUCAAAUGGAAAGAUGAGCCAGAUGUGCAUAAACUCAACUUCGUUGAAGUCUCAUGCAGAACUGAGACCAACAAAAAGCUGGAAGCUAUUGUGGCUUAUAAUAAUGCAAAAAGCUUUAUCGAUGUAUCUGACUAG